AUGGCUCGAUUGGAAUGUAAGAUUUGUACACUGGAGUAUAAAACCAACAUUGCGAAGCUGACUCCUCGAAUUUUGACAAAAUGUGGCCACACUUUAUGCGAAAGCUGUUGCGAAAUACUUUCCAAUCAAAACGAAACCAAGGACUUGAUAUGUCCGUUUGAUCGAAAAAUGACUAAAAUUAAUCAAAAUGUGCAAGAACUAAUGAAAAACUUUGCUAUCACGGAGUAUCUUGAUGAAUUGAACCAAGCUGUUCAACGAGGAACAAACCAAACGGAACAAGAUUUUCGAUUGCCGCACGUCAAUAGAGCCGAAUCCGAGGACCCUGAAGAAAAUCAUUUCAUUGAACAACUCUACAACGUACUGGUGCGCGAAGAUGAAGAGAACAAUCGUGACUUCGAGUUGGAACUAGACCGCCCAGUGACUCCAGAUGACGAGAUUCCUGUUGGAUAUAUGCACAACGUCUAUGUUAGCGAUUCGGAUUCUGAAGAUGAAAACUACAGGCAAAUGGUGAACGAUUUGGCGCGCUUCAACAUUGGCGACUAUGGAGACAAUUAUGAGGAUUUCGAUGAAAUCUUUAUCCAAGAUGAAUAA